AACUGAGACCCAGAGAGAUGAAGUAGCUUAAUCAAGGUCAAAUCUCAAGGAGGCAGAAGCCCUGAAAUUUUACUGAUGUUCUGUUGGACUCCACCUAUCUCUCUACCAUUGUAUCACAUGGAAUCUUUGAAAGACAGGUUGCAUAUGUCUCUGGAUGGCUUUAAAGAUAUGUCACGAAUGCAUAUGACAGCACCAACUUGUAAACUCUCCACAGACAAGCCAAUUUCAUCAGCACCUAGUGAUAUGGUCUACAUAUGAGGCUCCAUCAUCUGGAGCUGGAAAACUCUGAGCCCUGAGCACUAAAAGUGACUUCAUGCAUGUAUACCUAUGGUUCAUUUUCUUUAGGUGUAUGGAUGAGACGCCAUGGAACCAGGGAAUCUCACGUGCGUAUCAGAAUUUGUCUUCCUGGGGUUCUCACAGACUCGAGAGCUCCAGCUUUUUCUGUUUCUGGUAUUCCUGAUUGUCUACACCACCACUGUCGUGGGAAACCUCCUCAUCAUGGUCACGGUGACCUCAGACACACGGCUCCACACACCCAUGUACUUUCUGCUCCGAAAUCUGGCUGUCUUAGACCUCUGUUUCUCCUCUGUCACUGCCCCAAAGAUGCUGGUGGACUUCCUCUCUGAGAAGAAGACCAUCUCCUACCAGGGUUGCAUGGCCCAGAUCUUCUUCUUCCACUUUCUGGGAGGCGCCAUGGUCUUCUUCCUCUCAGUCAUGGCCUAUGACCGCCUUGUUGCCAUCUCCCGACCCCUCCACUAUGUGACCAUCAUGAACACACAGCUCUGUGUGGCACUAGUGGUGACAGCCUGGAUGGUAGGUUUCGUCCAUUCCAUUGCCCAACUGGCUCUGAUGCUCCCAUUGCCUUUCUGUGGCCCCAACGUCCUGGAUAACUUCUACUGUGAUGUUCCACAAGUGCUGAGACUUGCCUGCACUGACACCACCCUCCUGGAGUUCCUCAUGAUCUCCAACAGUGGGCUGCUGGAUGUCAUCUGGUUCUUUCUCCUCCUGACCUCCUACUCAGUCAUCCUGGUGAUGCUGAGGUCCCACUCUGGGCAGGCGAGGAGGAAGGCAGCUUCCACUUGCACCACCCACAUCGUCGUGGUGUCUAUGGUUUUCAUUCCAAGCAUUUACCUCUAUGCCCGGCCCUUCACCCCCUUCUCCAUGGACAAGGCUGUGUCCAUCAGCCACACGGUCAUGACCCCCAUGCUCAACCCCAUGAUCUACACCCUGAGGAACCAGGAGGUGCAGGCAGCAGUGAAGAGACUAGGGAGGCGCCGGCUGGUUUGUAAAAGGGAGUGACAAUGAGUGGGUCACUUCUCUCUGGCUUUGUUUUCCAUUUGUAAAAUGGAGGGAAAGCUACUGUGUCUGCUGGCUGUCUUCAUAGCUUGUGCAUAUGUUGUGGAGGUCAUCAUAGAAGUGAGUGAGUUUUGAAACUAAGCAACUGACUCAGAUUUUUGGGAAAAAGGGAAAAGUCCCCUUUGGUGGCUAAGGUUUGUGCCAGGUUUCUAAAACCCCUGCUCGUUGAGAAGUGUUCUCAUGACUCUGGAAAGCUACACCCUUCUUUCCCCCUUCUUGGGGGGUCGCUUCCUCUUGUGAUGAGGGCAUUUCCCCCAGCGAAGGCACUUCUAGUUUAUGUGUUUUGACUUCUCUUCCCAGCACCCCUUUUGACCUGUGUCCAGAGUGUUAGAGAAAGCACAGACCUUGAAGACAUAGCCUUAGCUUGGGAGCCCUGGACCCAUAUGUUACCAGACUGCUGACCUUGGAUGAGCUACCUGGCCUCUCUUGAACUCAUGGAUUCCUCCUCACCAAACUGGCAUAAAGUAAUAUCUGUCCCAAUAAUCUCACAGAUUUGUUAUAAGAUCCAAAACGUGUAUAAGAAUAUUUUAUCAAUCUUACAUAGAUCCUAUGUGAGGGUUAUUGUCAUUGUUAUGAUUAUUCCUGACAUAUAUUUUUUCAUGGGUUGAGCGGUGUUUUGGAAGUGUUUGGUGGUGAUUCCUUAGUGUGGUGAGGGAGGCAUGGAGAGGGUGGGAGCUGAACUUCAGAGGGCCAUGCAGCAUGCCCAUGAAUGAAACAGAGAACAGAGAGUGAGCAUAAAUUCAGGGGCAUGUCUUCAAGGAAAUAUUCUUAUUUUUAUUUGUGAUGGAUGAUUUGAACUCUUCUAUGACAGUAAGAUAUAUUCUCAUAGGAACAUUCUGGAAAGCCACACUCUCACACAUUUCUGCCUUCUUGGUGGACAGUUUCCUGUUAUUAUGACACCAUUUCUCCAUAAGAGCAUUGUAUUUUCUUUAUUUUGACCCCUUUUUCCAAUACUGUGUUUUGGUGUGAGUCUGGAUUGGUGGAAAUAGCACAAGACUUAGAGGUUAAGCUUUAAAUGAAAAUCUCUAACCCAUAACUUACCAAACUGAUGAUGACCUGGGAUGAACCACUUGACCUCUCUUGGCCUCAUGACUUCUUCUUCAAUAAAUUUGCUUAAAUCAAUAUAUGACCUCCAAACCUCCCAAAUUUAUUAUAAGAAUCAAAUAAAAAAUCAUGUGAGAAAACAUUGGGCAAACCAUGUAAAUAUUUUUUCUUCCAGUCUUUUUUUGAUGAUUUUAUUUUAUUUUCAAAUUUGAAAAUAUCAUGAAUGUUCAGAUUAUUUCUGCAUUACAUUUUCAGUGUAGAAUAAUAAUUGUUACAAACAAAGGAUUAUGUGUAAAAUACAUGUAAGUUCUAGAACAUUAUAGCAUUAUGAGAGCUCCUAGAAAGACUACUUGAUUUAAGAAAUAGAAGUUACCAGUAACUUACACCUACCCACAGGGUCCUCUGCCUCACAUUCACUCUCUCCCUCCCUAAUGAAACUCUCUUCUUGAAUUUUGCAUUUGCCAUCCUAUUGCUUACAAAAACACUUUUAUCACGUUUUUACAUAAUCAGUAAAUAUACUGAUUCUGUUUUGUUUUAUUUUGAGCUUUCUGAAAAUAUCCUACUGGACAUAAUAUUCUUGGAUUUACUUCUUUUUACACUCAACAUUA